UUGAAUAUAAAACAUGAAAAUUAUAUCUGCUUGAAAAUAUCACCUUAACUCAGUUAAUACAAAGAAUCUAGAAAGAAGUAUAUCAAAACUUAAAAUGGCCAGUUUGUUGUGGAUUUUACCAGUGUUCGUUUUAAGUUUUGCGCUUUGCUUUGGACAAGAUUUAUAUGGCAUGGAUGGUUGUCCAGAGGCACAAUGCCAAAAUAAACCAUAUAUACCACCUGACUGCAGGAAGAAUCAAUUCACAAUCGGAUCAGAUGGCAAAACCAGGUGUCGAACAUGCGAUGCUAGCUUUUGUGAUCCGGGUGGUUGUCCACUAGCAAGCUGUCCAGAUCUAAAUAUUACAAAAGAAUGCCGAAAGCCUAGUUUUGUAAUUGGACUGGACGGAAUUACAAAAUGUCGCAUGUGUGACUCGAAUGCUUGUGGAGAUCCGAAGAUAGUAUGCCCGAAGAUAAAAUGUCCAACUCAACCCCCUAUACCGGCCAAUUGCGUUGAGAAGCAAUUUACCAUCGGAAGCGACGGCAUAACAUUAUGUCCUGCAUGUGACAAGAAAAACUGCCCAGGAGGUCAAAAUGAAAAUCAAAAUUAUUAAAUGUAUGAAAUAAAGUUUGAUGUCAUGAAUACAAACUGCUAGAUUG